AUUGACGACCAAGACAUCAAGAUUGUCACGAAACUGUUGGAAACUGGAUUCCAAGUCAAUGUUUUUGAGCCGAAUGUCGGGACACCAAUUUUAUUGGCAGUGGAAGUGGGAGACGGAAGACUUGUGGAUCUGUUGUGUCGGUAUGGAGUACACGUGUACCGUGACGUACUGGUGUCAGCGGUCAGGCGAGGACGUCCGGAUCUGAUAGCGUUGUUUGCAUCUUACAAUGUCGCAAUGUCUGAGUUUAGAGAGGACCAUCAGGUUAGUUACGAUGGUUCGGCAUUAGAUGUUGCACUAAGACAUGAACAAAUCGAAUGUGCCCAGGUGCUGUUGGCGAAUGGAUCAAAGAUUAUCCAAGAGUCUGCAGUCUGGCACGCUGUGGAUGAAGGAAAGUUCGAAUCUUUGAAUUUUUUGCUACGAAUUUUUCCAAACUGUGCAAAUAAUGUUAUGGCGAAUGACAGAAAAAAAUUGUUGCACGUGGCUGUAGAGAAAGGUCAAAUUAGAAUCGUCGCCUUACUUCUUGACGCUGGCGUGGAUGUUAACUAUGUGCAUAACAAGAAUACCCCGUUAAUGGUUGCCUACCAUCGUGAGAUGAUAGAGCUUCUUUUGAAGAGAGGCUGUGAUGUCAAUAUCAAAACUGAUACCACUGCACUUUUGAACGUAUUGUCGGAUGAUUAUAUUAAAAAACUUAAAGCGACAUUCGACUUUAUCAGUCCACAGGAAAAUUUAAAUGUUAACUGUUUUCUUUACAUUGAAGAAAUUCUUUUCGUUCUUCUGAAACACGGUGCAAAUGUUAAUGCUACGACAGAAGAUGGUCGCACGGCCCUGAUUGUGGGAUCAGUCCUGGGUGGGGCGAAAGACAUCCUUAAAUUGUUGAUAGACAACGGUGCUGACAUCAAUGCCAGGGAUACAAACGUAGGAGCCGCACUCCAUUGGGCUGUGAGUGGCGAUCAAACAGAAAAUGUCAAGUUAUUGCUUGAGUUGGGAGCUGAUGUGAAUGUGACAGAUGUUAACGGUUCCACGGCCUUACAGAAAUCUGCUUCUUACGGAAGAAUGACAACGUUACAACUUCUGCUGGAACAUGGCGCGGAUGUAAAUGUGCAAGACGACGAAGGAAACAUCCCUUUGAUGAUCGCAAGUGAAUGUUUUUUUUUAUAG